AUGCCCUGGCGGCAAAAGUCAUGUUCUAUAUUGUGCAGGAAAUUUGGAGUAGCAAUUGUAGGCCAGAAAUGUUUACUCCUUGACCAACAACAACAACACAAUGAACGUGGUUGUUCCUCACUCUGGAAGGCAAACUUAAAGAUGCCUACAGAAACACUGUAUUAUGGAGUGAAAGUAGACAGACCCAAGAUGCAUACAUCCGAAACCUACACACCACCAGCUGAACCAGAUAUAAAAAAUGACACCAUCGAGGCAGUAUUCUCGGAGGAUUUUCUGUUAAUGCACUGCGAUUCUCAGGAACCUCUUUCUUCGCCGCCAAUGGUUGGGUUCUUCCCCGACCUUUCUGACGUUGCCCAGUUCUGAUCAACUGUGUAACUUGUUUAUAUACAUCAAACAACCAUUUUCCAUUUGCAUUUCCAUUUGCAUUUACGCUUGCCAAAUUGACAAACACCUCAAAAUUCUCAAGCAGACCAAAAAAAAGAAAAGCCAAAGAACCAAAAUAGGAAUAGAAAAAGGGAACAACCAAGCAACCGAACAAGGAAGGAAGCAAGGGAACAAGGAAGGAAGAGGCCUGUGUGGAGGUGUAAUUUAAUGCAACAAUUUUGUUUUAAUUAUUUCUUCUUCUUUUUAUUUAUAUAUAUAUAUAUAUACAUGCAUACUUACAUAC